AUGGGUUGUGGUAAAUCUCGAGUUCAAGACACAGAAGUUCAAAAAAAAGUUGAGCUGGGUAAUUCUGGAGAUAUUGAUUCGUCUAAGACAAAGCCUGACGUUCAAAUUACUGAUCAAGAGAAUAAUAAUGUUCCUCUUGAAGACGCUGAUGAUUCGUAUAGUAACACUCGCUUGCUCCUUUUAGGAGCUGCGGAAUCCGGAAAAACAACCUUGUUAGAACAGAUUCGCUUACUUUAUAAACAAAAUUAUUCAGAAACUGAACUUUUUCACAGAAAAUCUUUCACUUAUAACAUCAUCAUGCAAUCAAUAAGAAAUUUAAUCGGCAUGAUGAAGUCUGCUCAGAAGGAAUUUGAUAAUCCCGAAAACAAGCAAUAUUGUGACGUGAUUAUGGAAGAGGAUGAAGUUCAGUACGCAUGCUUCAGAUCUGACGUUGCUGAAGCAAUAUCAAGAGUUUGGUUAGAUACAGCUGUUCAAGAACUUUAUAAAAGCAGGAGUAGCAUAAAUCUGAAUGAUUCUGCAAGAUAUUUUCUCGACAGCAUUGAAAGAAUAAAUAAGUUUGAUUAUAAGCCUACUCCACAGGAUCUAAUAAUGAGCUACGUGCCAACCGUAGGAGUUCAGAACGUUGUCUUUCAAGCAAACAAAAAAUCCUUCCAACUAUUUGAUAUUGGAGGACAAAAAAUUGAUCGUCGAAAAUGGGCUACAAUGUAUGAUGGCAUUGACGCCAUAUUCUUCUGUUUAGCUAUAUCCGAGUAUGAUCAAACUAUGACGGAAGAUAAUAAUACUAACCGUCUCGAUGAUGCGUUAUGCCUUUUGAAGAAAAUAAGUGAAGAGAAAAAAUUUGAAAAUAUUCCACUUUUCCUAUUUUGUAAUGAAGUUGAUGUUUUCUUAGAAAAACUGCCCCACAUUCCAUUGAAUCAGUAUCAAACGGCAUAUUCUGGUACGACAGACGAGGAAGCUUUAUGUUUUGUAGAAAAUUUAGCUCGUGAAGUUGUGUCAUGUAGAGAUCCCUCCUUGUUUUUUCCUUAUCGAACAACAUGUAUAGAUACAGAUAGUAUGUCAAAGAUUUUGGAAAAAGUUUUCACAACCAUACUCAAGGGAAAAUGA